AUCUGUCGGAGCUGGACGCCGUUCGUGUGCUCCGCUAACUUAAAUUUCAACUAAAAUAAUACAUCGAUAUAGUUUUGAACUUCGGAUUAAUUGUGACAUAAAAUGUGAAAGAACCUCUGUUGAAAAUUACACUUGAACUGGAUUAAACAGAGGUGUAAGGAUGAGGGGCCAAUGGUUCCGGUGCCGGCCAUCGGCUCGGCUGCUGCUCAUGCUAGUGAUGCUGCUAGGCUUCAUAGCAUACUGCUACUACUCCCUGCCCGGCUCCAAGAAGUCAGACAACUCGGUGCUGCUGGCGGGGGCCGGGGGGCGGGGGCGCGCGCUGUACCAGGAGCACGCGGCCAGGCACCCCAUCGUCAGCCCGCACACCGACGACAACGACGCCACCACUAACCAACUGGAGCAGUGCCCGGUGCUGAUGGAGAACUCCGCGGACAUCGACACCGUCACCACCUUCCCCACCUUCGAGUUCCAACUGGGCUGGAUCAGGAACAAGGAGUUCUGGGACCGCAGCUUCGAGGACCGCUACGAGAGGCUCCGGAACGACACCAGCCGACCCCCGCUCAAGGUGAUCCUGGUCCCGCACUCGCACAACGACCCCGGCUGGCUGAUGGUGUUCGAGCAGUACUUCGACCUCAAGUCCAACCACAUCAUCAACAACAUCGUGGACAAGCUCACGGAGCACCGCAACAUGACCUUCAUCUGGACCGAGAUCGCCUUCCUCAACUCCUGGUGGGAGCGCUCGCAUCCGAUGAAGCAGAAGGCUCUGAAGAAGCUGGUGCAGGAGGGCCGCCUGGAGAUCACCACCGGCGGCUGGGUCAUGCCCGACGAGGCCACCACGCACAUCUACUCGCUCGUCGACCAGUUCAUCGAAGGUCAUCAAUGGGUUAAGGACAAGCUGGGCGUGGUCCCGCAGACGGGGUGGUCCAUCGACCCGUUCGGGCACGGGCCCACGGUCCCUCACCUGCUGGACCAGGCCGGGCUGCAGGGCGCCGUCAUCCAGCGCAUCCACUACGCCUGGAAGCAGUGGCUGGCGCGGCAGCAGGUCGAGGACUUCCACUGGGUGCCGGGCUGGGACACCCGCCGCCCGUCGCUCGUCGUGCACAACCAGCCCUUCGACAUCUACUCCAUCAAGGCGUCGUGCGGGCCGCACCCCGCCGUGUGCCUCGGCUACGACUUCCGCAACGUGAUCCCGCAGUUCGCGCGCUACUCGCUGCAGCAGGAGGAGGUCACGGACCGCACGCUGCCGGCCAAGGCGCGCACGCUGCUGGAGGAGUACCAGCGCGCGGGCUCGCUCACGCCGCACAACGUGGUGCUCGUGCCGCUCGGAGACGACUUCCGCUACGAGUUCGCCGACGAGUUCGACGCGCAGUACCGCAACUACAAGAAGCUGUUCGACUACAUCAACGCGCGGCCGCAGUUCAACGCGGAGCUGCGCUUCGGCACCCCGCGGGACUACUUCCGCGCCGUGCGCCGCCGCCAGCGCGCGCUGCCCACGCUGCGCGGAGACUUCUUCGUGUACUCCGACAUCUUCACCGAGGGCCGGCCCGCCUACUGGUCCGGCUACUUCACCACGCGGCCCUACAUCAAGCAGAUCGCGCGCCACACGGAGCACCAGCUGCGCUCCGCCGAGAUCCUGUUCACGCUGGUGUCCAACCUGGUGCGCCGCGAGCCCGCGCGCCGCGCCGAGGAGAAGCGCCUCGAGAAGAUGUACGAGCGCCUCGUCGGGGCCCGCCGGAACCUGGGCCUGUUCCAGCACCACGACGCCAUCACCGGCACCAGCAAGGCCUUCGUGAUGCACGACUACGGCACCAAGCUGGUGACGAGCCUGUACCACUGCCUGCGCCUGCAGGAGCGCGCGCUGGCGGCGGCGCUGGCGGGGGGCUCGGGGGGCGGCGCGGCGGGGGGCGCGCUCCAGGCCGCCAGCGAGUGGGAGAGCUACGGCGCGGCGCCGCGCGGGCUGCGCGUGUCGCUGCUGGACCGGCGCCGCGUGGUGCUGUUCAACUCGCUGCUGGAGGAGCGCGCGGAGCUGGUGGUGCUGCGCGCGCGCUCCGCCGCCGUGCGCGUGCGCGACCUGCGCCGCGGCCGCCUCGUGCCGCUGCAGGUGGAGCCCGUGUGGGAGGCGCCGGCGGGCGCGGGGGCCGGGGGCGCGGUCAGCGACGCCGAGUUCGAGCUGGUGUUCGAGGCGCUGGUGCCGGCGCUGUCGGCGGUCGUGUUCGCCGUGGAGGAGGACGCGGCGCCCGCGCUGGCCGCCGUGUACUGCGAGCACUGCGCGGGCUCCGAGCGCUUCCCGCCGCGCGCCAUGCAGCCCGGGGACCUGCAGCUGGAGAACUCCGCGCUGCAGCUGCUGGUGUCGCGCCGCUCCGGCCUGCUGCGCCAGGUGCUGCGCAAGGACUCGCGCCGCAAGACGCUCGUGGACGUGCACAUCGGCGCCUACCAGAGCGCGCAGCGGCACUCGGGCGCCUACCUGUUCAAGCCGGACCACGGCGCGCCCGAGAAGGACGUGCUGGCGGCGUACGCGGGGCCGGAGGGGGGGGCGGCGGCGCUGCGCGUGGUGUCCGGGGCGGUGCGCACGGAGCUGUGCGCGCUGUACCCGCCGCUGCUGGCGCACUGCGUGGCUCUGGCGCACGGCGCGGGCGCGGCGGCGGCGCGGCUCACCACGCGCCUGGACCUGCAGGCGCCGCCGCGCCACCGCGACGAGGAGCUGUUCCUGCGCCUGCAGACCGACAUCCAGAACGGCGACCCGCCCGAGUUCUACACCGACCAGAACGGCUUCCAGUACCAGCGCCGCGUCAAGACGGCCAAGCUGGGCGUGGAGGCGCACUACUACCCGGUGACCACCAUGGCGUGGCUGCAGGACGCGCGCGCGCGCCUCACCGUGCUCACGGGGCACGCGCAGGGCGCCGCGGCCUUCGAGCCCGGGCGCCUGGAGCUCAUGCUGGACCGCCGCACGCUGUACGACGACCUGCGCGGCAUGGGCGAGGGCGUGGUGGACAACCGGCCCACCACCUUCACGCACUGGCUGCUGCUGGAGGAGCCGCCGGCCGCGCCCGCGCCCCCCCGCCCCGCCGAGCGCCGCUUCAACGCGCCGCCCCCGCCGCGCCCCUACGCGCUGCCCUCCGCCGCCGCCGACGCGCUCAGCCGCGCCACCAACUACCCGCUGGGCGUGUUCCUCGUGGACGAGGCGGAGGCGGCGGGCGCCCCGCUGCGCCCGCACCGCGCCUUCGCGGAGCGCUUCCCGCCCGGCCUGCACCUGCUGGGCCUGCGCACGCUCACCGACGACAUCCUCGACCAGUUCCCCAGCUCCUCGUGCCUCAUGACGCUGCAGCGCCCGGGCCGCGCCUGCCCCCCGGCGGGGGCCGCGGGGGGCGCGGGGGUGAAGUUCUCCGCCGACAGCCGCUUCUCGGACCUGCCGGUGCGCAACCUCACGGCGGUGUCGCUGACGGGGCUCGCCACGCGCCGCCGCCUCAAGCACCUGCAGGACAUCCGCCUCAAGCCCAUGGACCUCAAGACCUACCAGAUCUGGUUCUAAACGCGCCCCACUUACCGGGCCGUACAAGAAUAGGCAGUUUUAUAAAUGUUAGUAUAAUUGUAGGACAACUUUGGCAUGUCCAAGCUUUGUUAGAAAUAGCCAUAAUACAUUCUGCGAUUAAUUUUACUAAGAAUCUCGUGGCAUAACCAGUUUGUACCGUUCAGUUUUGUUUUUUUAUAAUAUUAUACGUACACCAUGUCAGAUCUACCUCAGGACCAAAUAUUACAAAGUACCUACCCGCGUCUCAUGUUAGGUUGUUACACAGUUGUGUUGUGAAUGUGACCCCGUCGUCGGUUUCGUAAAAAUAAUUUUGUUAAUUAAUUUAUAUUUUAAUAGUUAAUGAUUUACAUUAGUACAAAUAGGUAAAUCUAUUUUUAUUCCUUAUUUAUUUUGAUCAUAGUAUUGCUCAAAAUCUUUAUUGAGGAGAUUAUAAAAUCACAAAAAAUACCUACCUACUAGAUAUUACAUGAAUGUUAUUUUAAUUUACGAGUACAUAAAUAGUACCUAUAUUCAUAUUUUGUAUUAGUAACAUUACUUUUAAUGCUAAUUUGUGAUACAGUCCAUGAAAUGAAAACUUAUUUCCGGUUUCUGAUUGAGAAUUUAACUUCGACUUUUGUGAAUGAAUUAUUUCAAUUUUAUCAUUGUACCUACGCGUCACUAAAUGUUAAAUGCUCAAUUGCGACUCCGGAUACAUGGUAUAUAAUUAAAAAUAAAGUUACAUACAAUUUACAUAAAUAAUAAUAUAACAAGUCGUUCUAAGUAGGAAAAACAAUAUACAUGAUAAAAUAACUACAAGUUACAUCUCAGUAAUUUUUGCGAUGUUUAGCAUUAUGUGAUAAUAUAAUUAUGAUUUGUCUCUGAUUUGAAGACUAAAUAAUUUGUUAUAGAUUUAAUUUCAUAGGGAAUCUAUUUCUAUUUCUUUUGGGAAUCGUAUUUUUAUACUAAAUAAUAUAACAAUGACGUCACAUAUUUGAAAAAAUCAACAAUUAGGGGAUUAAAUCAAGUUUUAAAUGCUUUAACUUGUUUAUAAUUCUUAAGUUAACUUGUUUAUAAUUCUUAAGUCUUAUUUCUUGGAAGGUUCUCACAAAAUCCCCAACAAUUUUGUUAUAUGAUUUUGAAUAAAGUUAUUGGUGAUUACCUUAUCACAAUAAUAUAAAAUAGGAGAAUCUAUCUCGUAAAAUUACUAAAUAAACUUAACAUAUUAGGCACUUAAUAAAUCCAAUUUUUGUAAUCGACCUUGGUGUAAAUAUUUUAUGAAGCCCCUAUGUGGUUCUUUACUAUUGCAUUAAUUUACCUACAUUUAUUUAAUUUUAUGUUUCCUUUGUGAUGACGUUUUAUGAUACGAAUCUGUUGUAUUUAAUAUAAUUAUGUAUUUAUAAGAAGUUAACUAAGUAGGGUAUUGUAUCAAUUUUAUAAUUUACUUACUGAAGGCUACAGGUAGUAGGGUGUUAUGUUGUUUUUUGUAUGUUUGCUUAUAGUUAGGUUUCCCGCGUAACCUUCAAAAUUAAAGACUUCCCGUGGGAAUCCCGGGAUGAAAAGAAGCCUGUCCUGUCCAGUCCUGGAUGAUUCGAUAUGUCAAGCGUUUUCUACAUAUUUUUUACGUUUAUUCCUCGGUCAUUCUGACUACUUUAUUAUACAUUUUCAUGUUAUUUAAAAUAUAAUAAUUAUUAUUCUGACAUUACAACUAUAAUUUUUCAUCGCCAAUAUUUGAUAGCAUCUGAAUGGUUUUAUAUAAACUUUAAUUUAUUUUCCUGGGAGGAUCGUAGAUAUGAAAUAUAUAAAUAAUAAUGGACUUUAACUUGAGAGGGUGUAUAGAAUAAAGAAAGACUGAUAGAUAGAUCUUAGAGAAGCACUUGUAUCUACGAUUCUUCGACUCUUCAUGUUUUGUUCUGAAAAACAAUUACAAGCUGAUCUUUUAAAAGUAGUUAAAUAUUCUGAAUCACUUGGUGUUGCAAGAUUUGUAUAGAAUUAUAAUAAUUAACUAAUCCAUGUUUUAUAAAUGUUCUCAUAAAUUUAGAUCGUAUUCUAGCCACGUGUCAUCCCGUUGGAAAAGCAAGAAUAUCAAUGUAAACAACAAUAUUAUCAAUCAAAGAUUUAUAUAAUUCCGUGUUGUAAGUUAAGUGUAGUUAAAAAUAAAACGUUGAAUACGUGAA